AUAAAAGCCAGAAUAAACUGCAAGUAAAUACAAUAUCAAUCAAAGUCGAAUUUUACAAAGAUGAAGUAUUUGAACUUGUUGCUACUCCUGCAGCCAGUCUUGGCAGCACACUGUCCACCAACUGGGCCACUUCUACCGCCACCAUCGCUAGCGUCUUUGCCAGACUCUGCUGGUUUACAUGACAGACUAAACGCACUGCUAACAAGCAAAACCUCAUCAUGGAACACAUCGACAAAUUCCUUCUCGGUUGCUAUCACAUCCCUCAAUGACACAAUCUUCGAGCACCAUUAUACUGCGCCUGUUCGAGGUGAGGGCGGUGUGGCCAAGGUUGAUUCAGACACUACUUACCGGAUCAUGAGUAUCACCAAGGUCUUCAACGCCCUUACACUCCUGCUACACGCACCCUACAGCUUAGAUACACCUGUCACGAAAUACAUUCCCGAGCUGCAGGGGUCCAAAGACUACGCUGAUGUGACGCUGCGCAUGUUGACCGACCAGUCAGCCGGUAUGCCCCGAGACGGGUACGCCUUUGAUCUCUAUAAUGCACAAGGACAACAGUUGAUAGAAGCCGGAUUCCCUAUCCCGGACAACAAGAGCAUCCCGUCAUGUGACGCCGUUGGCAUGAAGACUUGUAGCCGCGCUACGUUCUUUGAGAAUCUGCUCCAGAACAGGUUAUCCUGGCUUCCAGGAGAUAAAGCAGGUUACUCAGAUCAAGCUUUUACGCUUCUAGGCAUGGCAAUGGAAAAUAUUACUGGCAAACCUUUUGCGCAGCUGCUCCGCGACAGUAUCACAACUCCGCUGGACAUGCCUACCACGGGAUUCAACGCCCCAAUUCGGUCUCGUGGCAUCAUCCCGACGGGGCCUGGUGGAGUUUUCUGGGACUUUGACAUUGGUAACUUCAACGCGACGGCUGGGCUCUAUUCUACGCCCAACGAGUUGCUGAAAUUUGUUCGUGCUAUCCUCAACCACAUCCUCCUCUCGCCGGCCAACACAAGAGAAUGGAUGCGGCCGUCGCGGUUCGCCGGCUCGUACACAAUGGGAGUCGGCGCACCCUGGGAAAUCUUCCGUCUUUCGCACCUGACGCCUGAUAAUCGUCCGGUAGAUAUCUACACCAAGUCAGGAAGCCUUCCCGGAUAUGCAUCCUAUCUUGUGCUUAUACCGGAAUUUAAUAUCGGGGGCGCUAUCAACGUGAGUGGCGACGAUGGCGACGACGCAGCAUUUGACCUACUAGACGCCGUGACAUCGAUUGCUGUCCCCGCCUUAGAUUCCCUUGCUAGGGUACAAGCAAAGGAGACAUACGCAGGGAAAUAUACAGGACAGUGCGAUGGACUGAACUGUACAGCUAGCGACACGUCGAGCCUUGAACUUGUCGUGGACAGCGGCCCAGGCCUACAUGUGGUAUCGUGGGUCAACAAUGGCAAGUCUGUACUGAAUAUUCUUGCAGCGAACAAAGGCGCCAAGACGAUGGAUAUCGAAGCUCGCUUGUAUCCUGUAGGUGACGGAGAUAGGUGGAGGCUGGCUGUGGAGCGGAAGCACCAUGUUGGAGGGGACACGAUUCGACGACCGAGUGAAGCAUGCAGCAUGUGGUUCCAGAUUGAUAAAAUGCGCUAUGCUAGCUUGCCAGUGGAUGAGUUUGUGUUUAGGCUUAGCGAGGGGAAUGCUAUUAGCGUGACGAACCCAGGCUUAAGGGCAAAGUUGACCAAGGAACAAGGCCACGGGGGAAGAUAGAUCUCAAGUAGGACCCCUCUUUGGUUUAUUGAACAAAAUGACUCCUCUUCUUAAUAUCAUGUGGGUUGGGACCUCUUACUAAGGCUUCGAUCCAAUGUGCUUCUGUAUACAGCUAU